AUGGAUUCGGGCUUUUUGGAUUUUUUCACUAGUGCCUUGUGCAAUCCUUGUUGGAUGAGCGCAUCCCUCAUCCUUCUCUCUUGUGUUGAGAAAGCUGCUAUCACCAUUGAAUUUUGCUACCUCGAAGCAGUGACCCCAAUUCUGAUGAACUUUUCAAGUGAGAGGGGAAACCUUAAUGACAACCCCAGGGGAAUGGCGAUGCGAUUACAGCUCUCAUUGCCACCAUCGCAGAGCAUAGCUCAAGGAAGUGACAAAGGCAAUCGAGCAGCGGCUAAUGGUAUGUCCCUCACCUACAUCACCCCGACUCUGAUAGAUGGAAUGAUGGUGGCUACACUCGAUAAAACUGAGAUUGAGAAUGAGAAUUCCAAAUGGAGAUGUGCGCUUAUUGUUUAUAUCUUGGGGGAGGUCCCAGGAUUUAAGCAAAUUGAGAGAUAUAUAGCUAUGAAUUGGCAGAAUGUGGCAACACCAGAGCUGUAUCUGCACGAAGAGGGGUAUUAUAUGGUGAAAUUUAAGAGCAUGGAUGAUUUGAAUGAAAUUCUUCUAGCAGGACCCUACAGUUUUAACAGCAGGCCUAUGAUUCUCAAACAAUGGGAACCUAAACUAGAUUUCUCUACGGCAUUCUUGACUGAUAUACCUUUGUGGGUAAAAUUGCCAGUCAAUUGUUGGAGCCCAGAUUCACUUAGCCGUAUUGGCAACACUAUUGGUAAUCCCCUAUUUGCAGAUGAAUGCACAAUAAAUCAGUCUAGGGUCUCAUUUGCUCGUAUGUUGAUAGAGGUAAAUGUUACUAAACCCCUCCCUGACAUGAUCUCAGUCAUGGAGCCUGAUGGGGUACGGUUUGAUCAACAAAUUACUUAUGACUGGAAGCCCACCUAUUGCACUAAAUGUCUUAGUAUUGGGCAUCAAUGUAGAGAAGAGGUUAGAGAACCACCUAAAGCUAGAGGGCAACCAAGGAGGAGAAGGAGACAGCAACAGUCGGCUCAAGCUUGGGUGAAUAAAGCAGGGGAAAAUGAUCAAAUUGCAAAGGAUACAGGAAUUGGUAAUGGGCCUAUAGGGGAAGCUGAAGGAACUGUGGUAGAUCCUCAGCGAAACUCUCCACCUCACCAAGGCCAGCAACAUCUAAUAGGUCAACAAAGCCAGAAAAAUGGAUUAGUUGAGACUAGAAUAAAGGAGGAGAAGGCUACAGGAAUAUGUGCUAGAAUUGCAUCUACUUGGAGCCUGAUCCAUAACUAUAAUUACGCCCCUAACGGCAGAGUUUGGCUGAUUUGGGAUGACACAGUAUUCAAGGUGACACCAUUAGUAAGUGAUGCUCAAUUCAUCCACUGCCAAGUAUCCAAUAGGAGAUCUGGGGAUAGCUGUUUGAUGACAGUGAUUUAUGCAUUUAAUACUAUUGAGCAGAGGAAAAGUUUGUGGCAAGAAUUGUAUACCUUAGGCCAGCUGAUUACCAUACCAUGGCUUAUUUGGGGAGAUUUCAAUGCUAUUAUGUGUGCUCAAGAUAGAUUGUAUAGUGCUCCGGUUACUAGUUCUGAAGUUAAAGAUUUUAAUAAGUGUGUGCAACAGCCGAUACUCACUGAAUUACCAUGGAUGGGUGAGUACUAUACCUGGUCAAACAAGCAAAGAGGUGAUGCAAGGGUGUGGAGUAGGCUUGAUAGAGCGCUUGGUAACGAAGAAUGGAUGCUACAUUAUAGGUAUUUGGUGACUGAAUACAAACUGCCUCAUAUCUCCGAUCAUUCACCAAUGCUCCUUCCACUGAAGACAGAAGUGAGAAACAUCAAGGUCCCUUUUAAGUUUUUAAAUGUAUGGGCAGAGCAUCCAAGUUUCCUGCAAAUAGUAGAAAAUAAGUGGAAAAGACAAUCUAGACGGAGUAAAAUGCGGGAUAUUUGGCAGAACUUGAAGGCACUUAGAUCCCCUCUUAGAACUCUCAAUUAUACAGAGUUCAGAUCUAUUACAGAGAAGAUAGAACUGGCUAGAAGUAAACUCAAUGACAUUCAGAAGGACUUGGUGCAGCAAUAUAGUGAUCAACUGGCAGAUAAAGAAUUUAGGCUCACUCAACAGCUAGAGUAUUGGUCCUUGAUUGAAGAAAAGGUCCUACAACAGAAGUCCAGAAUCAGUUGGAUUAAACUAGGGGAUGCUAGCAACAAAUACUUUAGUGCUGUCAUGAAGGAGAGAAAGCAUAGAAAACAGAUAAAUGAACUCACAGCAAUCACUGGUGCACAAUUGACUGAUCCCGGUGCCAUCCAGGAAGAAAUCAUUCAGGUCUACAAAAACUUAAUGGGUAGCUCUGCUUAUGCGCUCCCUGCUGUCAAUAGAAACAUAAUGAGGAAGGGACCUAUCAAGAAGUGUACGAUAGCCUAUGUGGAAUUGGUGAUGAUAAAUCUCCGGGAGUGGAUGGAUAUAAUUCUUAUUUUUUUCAAGAAAGCAUGGAGUAUAAUUGGAAAACAAAUUACUGAGGCAGUACUUGAUUAUUUUGAUGCAGGGCAGCUGUACAAAGGUAUUAAUUGUACAGCCAUCACUUUGGUUCCCAAGGUCCCUAAUCCUUCUACUAUAAAGGAUUAUCGACCUAUAGCUUGCUGUACAGUGCUAUACAAAAUUAUUGCCAAAGUGUUGGCGGCUAGACUCCAAAAAGUACUUCCUUCAAUAAUAUCAGAGGCACAAUCAGGAUUCGUACCAGGCAGGAAAAUCUCGGACAAUGUGAUUCUGGCCAAUGAAUUGGUGAAGUCCUAUGCUAGAAAGCACAUCUCACCGAGAUGUAUGAUUAAAGUAGAUAUGCAAAAAGCCUAUGAUUCGGUGGAGUGGCCAUACUUGGAGCAAGUUAUGAAGGGCCUUGGAUUUCCUACAAAAUUCAGAGACUGGAUAUUUGGCCGUGUUAAAACUGUGAACUAUUCAAUAGUUAUAAAUGGGGAAUCUACUAAACCUUUCAAUGCAGCUAAAAGGCUAAGGCAGGGGGAUCCCAUCUCUCCAUUCCUCUUUGCCAUAGACAUGGAGUAUUUGAGUAGAAACCUCAACGAGCUCAAAGAAGAUAAACAGUUUAAAUACCAUCCAAGAUGUGGCAAACUCGGCAUCACCCAUUUAAGUUUUGCGGAUGAUCUCCUCUUAUUCACAAGAGGUGAUCACAAAUCAGUGCGGAUGUGCUCUCCUAAGACUGCUGGGGGCUUGAAUCUACCAAAUCUAAAGCUAUGGAACAAGGCAGCUGUAGCAAAGAAUUGUUGGGAUCUGGCCAAGAAAGAGGACAAAAUGUGGAUUAAAUGGGUCCAUGUUUAUUACAUGAAAGGGCAAACACUGGAUGAGAUGAACAUCCCAACCCAAGCAAGUUGGAUGGUGCAAAACAGACUUAUGACAGUGGAUCGGUUAUUGAAAUGGGGCAUAUCCGUUGAUCCACUAUGUGUGCUAUGUGCAGUUGAGAAUGAGAAUAGAGAUCACUUAUUUCUUCACUGCAUAUUUACUCAAAAUCUAUGGAGAAGAUUAAAGAGGUGGCUACGGCUAAAUUGGCCAGAUAGAGGGAACUGGGAGCUACAUAUGAAGGAGGUGCUUACUAGAACCAAAGGCAAGACAACUCAAGCAAGUUUGUUAAGAAUGGUGUAUACGGAGUAUGUCAACGCAGUUUGGAGGGAGAGGAACAUGAGAGUAUUUGAAAAGCGCCAACAAACAGAGGAAACAAUUGCAAGGGACAUCGCCUGUACCUGCAAUAUUCGAGCUACCCCAGCAGAGGUGUACCAUCUGUUUCCUGGCAGUGGGAUAGGAUUAGAGAGCAGACAGUAUAUAGCGAAAGCAGCCUGUGUUGAGCUUGCUCAGUUUUGUAAUGUUAUACUUGGUAAUGAAUAA